AUGAGGAACCACAGCACCAUCACUGAAUUCAUUUUCAUUGGACUGUCUAACAAUCCCAUCAUUGAGGCUCUGCUUUUUGUGCUCUUCCUAGGGAUUUACAUCAUGACGGUGACAGGGAACCUGACAAUGCUCUUGGUAAUCAGAACUGAUUCCCACCUCCAUACUCCCAUGUACUUCUUCUUGAGCAAUCUUUCAUUCUUAGACCUCUGCUUUUCUUGUGUUACAAUGCCUAAGCUACUUCAGGACCUCACGUCUGAGAAGAAAACGAUCUCGGUCAAGGGUUGUCUAGCCCAGGUUUUCUUUGUGUAUAUCACAGCAGGGACUGAAGCCUUUCUUCUCUCAAUGAUGGCCUAUGACCGCUACGCUGCCAUCUGCCACCCACUGCUCUACGGUCAGAUGAUGACCAAUCAGCUCUGUUUAAAGCUCGUAUUUCUCUCUUGGUGCUUGGCCUCUAUCAAUUCGGUUGUAAUUGUGCUCUUAGCGGUCAACCUUGACUUCUGUGAGGCUCAAAUCAUCCGUCACUACACCUGUGAGUUGCCCUCCCUCUUUCCUCUGUCUUGCUCGGAUAUCUCUAUCCACCAGGACAUCUUGAUCUGCGUUAUCGUGUUGCAUGGCUUUGGAACCUCCCUCCCAAUCUUCUUCUCCUAUGCUCGCAUUGUCUCCAGCAUCCUCAGCAUCAGCUCCACCACAGGGAGAAGCAAGGCCUUCUCUACCUGUUCCUCUCACCUUGUUGCAGUGAUUCUGUUCUUUGGCUCAGGUUUGAUUCGCUAUCUGAUGCCCACCUCUGGUUCCUCCCUAGAUAUGCUCUCUUCCUUACAAUACAGCGCAGUGACACCCAUGCUGAAUCCCCUCAUCUAUAGCCUAAAAAACAUGGAGGUGAAAGCCGCAAUGAAACGGACCUGGGAGAAGUACCUCCAGUAUUUUAGGUAG